AAUCAUUUUUCAAAUCGCCCAAGGAUAAAGAGUUUCCACUUCUUUCAAUCCCGAUUCCUCUGCUUUACAUCCGCAAAUCUAAAAGGCGUCUGGAAAGCUUCCAAUAAUGGCGACGGUGAGGGUCUUCGUAACAGUGCCGAUGGAGCUUCUGCUCUUGCUAAUGGCGCUGAUGCUUCACUCAGAAGCUGUGAAUACGAACAAUGUAUACCAACCUUGUGCGGACACCAAGAUUCAGAGGUCUGACGGAUUCACUUUCGGAAUCGCUUUCUCUUCCAGGGACUCAUUCUUCUUUAACCAGUCCCAUCAGCUCUCGCCGUGUGACCGUCGUCUUUCUCUGGCAUCGCUCAACUCACAGCUUGCUGUUUUCAGACCUCGAGUAGACGAGAUCUCCCUUCUCUCCGUCAAUACUUCCGAUUUCUUUCCGGAUACUUUUGGUGGUUACAUGGUGGCAUUUGCUGGAAGAAAGUAUGCUGCAAGGUCUCAGCCUGCCUUUGUCGCUAAUGGCACAUUCAUAGUGACGAGUUUCACCCUGGUACUUGAAUUUCAGAAGGGCAGGCUGCAGAACUUGUACUGGAAGAGAGAUGGAUGUGCUUCGUGCUCAGGCAAGUCCAGAUCUAGUUAUGUCUGCCUUAACAAUCAGGAUUGUGCCAUCAGAACAUCAAGUUGUAGAAACCGAGGGGGCAAUGUGGAUUGUAGUCUGGGAAUACAACUGACGUUUUCAGGCACAGAUAAGCAUCUUGCAGCGCUAAACACCUGGUAUGAAGUAAAAAACCUUCGACAAUAUUCCCUCUAUAGUGUUUAUUCAAAUCUCAUGGAUUCUCUUACUGGUCAGUAUAAUAGGUUCUUCUAAUUAGUUAUUCAUCAUACUCCUCUCAAGGUCUGUCUUUGGUCUAUAACUUCUAUACAUUUUACUGUUUGUCAUGGGCUCCCUGCUUGGCUUUGAUAUCCAUCCUUUUGCGGCCCCCUUUGCUUUGUAUGAGACAUCCCAUUUGAAAAAACUAUUUGAACCAAUUACUACCAUUUAACAUAAA